UCAGUUGAGGCAGGUGAGACCCUCCUCCUGGAAGGUCCUCCGCCCUUGCCUCCCUCCGAGCAGCCUCGCCCGAGGGCGUACGCACACUAGGACAUUUUUCCUUAUUUCUGGACGGAAUUCCGGCCUUAUGCAUAUGCAUACACUGUGGCCGAAAUCGUGGUCUGAUGCAUUCUGGAAAGUGCUACCGGUAGUUUCUGGUGGCAUUGAUGAUGACGAUGAUGAUGAUGAUGAGGAUGAGGAUGAUGAAGAGAGUGAUGAGGAGGAGGGUGAGGAGGAUGAUGAUGAGGAUGAUGAAGAGGAUGAUGAAGAUGAAGAGGAUGAUGAAGAGGAUGAUGAGGAGGGUGGUGAGGAGGAGGAGGAUGAGGAUGAUGAAGAGGAUGAUGAAGAGGAUGAUGUAAAGACCCUGGGUAACCAAGACACAGUCUUUGAUCACUCCGAUCCACUCAUAAAGGAGGAUAUUAUUCGAAUGAUAAUUCAGUAUCUCCACGAUGAAGGGUACACGACAUCGGUGAUGACAAUCCAAGAUGAAGCGAAUGUGAAGGUGAAUGAACAAGGGCGCAUGCGCCAUCAGUUCAAGCGGUUGAAGAAAGCCGUUUUAGUGCCUCUUGAGUACUACCUAUGUGUAAAUUAUGCAAUGAGUGAGUACUUGCGGGCCUGCGCAGGAGCACCAGGAGCACUGGGGGUUUUCGCUUUGCAAAGCUGUAUGAUGAGGAUUUCAGAGUGUGUUGAAUUGGCGUUUGCUUUGCUCACGAAGAGGCUGAAACCGCUGGAGGGGACCGCCAACUUGUUGAACGAGUUUAGGGAUCUGUGCUACCUGCUCACUUGCAAAUCGGUGCAGGAUGCACCCUCUUUCAAAAAUUGGGAGGGGAUUAUUGCCUCCAGGGAAAAGCUUGUUGAGCAGUUCUCCUCAAUGCUGGAGUAUGAAGGCACUAGCCUUUCCGCCCCCAGGCCUGAAAUGGAUAGCAACAGGCUUCUGCAUCUGUUGAAACAAGCUGUGCGGUACCAGAUUGAGUUCAGCAGAUAUCAUCCCAAAGUUUGUCCGCAUGUGACUACGUAAGUCAACUCCUUUCUCUCGCUUUUGUCUCUGCCCCUCCCCAAAUUUUCUAUCCUCAAGAACAUUCCAGUCUUCGAAGCGGAGGUGAG